CCGCUCAUUCUGGCUUCAUGCGCCGCAGUUCAAAAAUACAGUGCGAAUCCGUAUUUCAUAUGAGUGCGUAUCAAAUAUUUCGAUUUUUUCUCGACGUUAUUCAGUGUUCGUGCGUUUAUAACAAUUAAUUGUGUUUUUAAAGUGUCCUAUUAAAUGUUAUUGUUUUAAUUUUUAUACAUUUCGAAUAUAUGUGUACAUGUUAUUUAUUUUAAAAGUGUAGUUAUAAAGAGUUUUCGUUGGACAAUUAUGCCGAGAAUUUAAACAUGGAUUGUUUUUUUUUUAAAAAGACAAAUUACGAAUAUACUUAACCAGGUACCGCCAUGGGACUGUCAGUGGCGGGAGACGGGCCUUCGUAGUUUUUAUGCUGCGAAGGACACCGUCGAAUCAGCCAAAGGCAUCGCAAAGACUAUGCUAAUUGACCGGUUACAAAGCUUAAUUGCGGUGCUUAUCACAUUAAUUGGCGUAUUGCUUGCAAAUUCGGCUACAGAUUAUAAAUCCUCUAAAGAUUGGCUGAACGAAACGCAUCGGCAGAGCAACAACAAAAGUCUGAAUAAAAAUCCUCAAGACUGGUUAAGCGUAGAAGAAAUGUCACUAGAAGAAGAAGUAGCUGAUCACCGUUGGUUGUCUAGUCGUAAGAGCCACGAAUAUCUAGUCUCGGUAGGUGGUCAAGAAGACUGUUGUCCAUCACAAAUAGAAAUGAUUGAACCAAAUGGUGGAAGUAACCCCGACGGGCUGUACGUUGAGCUUUACAGUGACGGCGCGGACAAGCAGAGGUUCUACGAGGUGUCGUGCAAGCCGGGCGUGGAGGGCAAACCGUGUCUGUUCAUGGAGCGCAAGUUGCACGGUCUGUCGACGUGCGUGCAACGGUUCUCGUACUCGUACGCGAUCGUGCGCGAGGAGAACGCCCGCCACCACCACCAUCACCACACGGGCUACAACAACGGCAACAACAACAACAACAACAACAACAACAACAACGGCAAACAGACGUUCCAGUCGUUGUUCCCCAGCGACAGCAACGUUUGGAAAUUGGAUUACAUCAAGGUGCGCAGCGGAUGCGCGUGCAUGGUGCAGUCGCCCAAGAAAAAGCAGCAGAAGCAGAGGAGGAAGAACGGUAGCGCGGGAGGGGUUAGCGGCGGCGACGGCAAGAGGUCGCAGUAACGACGGGCGCGACGGCCGAUACGAGACGAUGACGCCACGGCCAGCGCCACCGCUUCCGCCGCCGCCGCCGCCGGCACGCGGUCGUCGAGCACGGUGUGUUCCGCGAGUCCUAUUAAUAAAACGAUGACGACGAAAAAACAACCCUUUUCGUACACCGCACGCGAUGUGAUCAAAACGGUAUAUAAUAUUAGUUAUUUCGUCGUCGCCUCGUCCAGUUUACGCAUUAAACAAUAAUAUAUUAUUAAUUAUAUAGUACGCGUUCAAUAUGUAUCGUAUACAAUAUUAAAUUUAUACGAAAUGCCGCUCUGCAUUUUUUUACUCGCCCUCUCCCUCCCGCUGCCCCCGCACAACACCAAACCUUUAUUAAUUUAUUAUUUAUUAUUUUUUUUUUUUUUUUUUACAAACACUUUUUUGUAAUCGCACUUUUUUCUUAGUUUUCUUUAGCUGAACAAAAAUCACUCGACAUAAUUCAAUAUUGUAUUAUAUGAUAUGAAUAAUAAUAAUAAAAAAAUCAAAAAAACCGGUGAAUUUUUUACACACUGAUUUCCCUCUCCCUGCUGCUCCCCACAUUCGAGCACUACACGUCUUCCUUCCUCCUCCUCCUGCUCCCAGCCCAUCACCAUCACCACUAGCGCUUUCACGUCCCGUACACACCACUUUGUAACCGAAUAAACCGUUAUUCAUAAUAUUUCUUUUCUUCAAAUAUACUUAAUAAUACAUAAUAUGUAUAUAUAGCAAGCGGUUAUUAUCAAUAUAUAUAUUUAUAUAUAGUUUACAUAUAAUAUAAUGUACCAUUUUAUAGUCAUUCGAAUGUUACCUUAGGCUUAUGAAUAGGUAAUACUGUUAAGUAAUUAUGACUGCUUCGCAACGAUACGUACAUAAUAAGUGCAUAUUAAAAUAUAAAAAACAAUAAUAA